AUGUCCUUUUUAAGAAUCAAGGAAGGCCUCUGGAGGACGAAAGCCGAGCUUAGAGGUUUCUUCAACCCCAAUCAUCGGCACGAUGACCCCGAAGAAAUAGAACAUGACCGUAUCCGUGAGGAAAUUCGCCAGAGCCAUCGUUUCCAAAGCUUUGCAGACAUACGAGAUAACAACACUGUGAAAUGUAAUGUCAUUUACAAUUCUGAUCUACGUCAACUUAGAUUACUUUUGGGCAUUAUCAGAGAUUCUGGACUCGGCCAAAGAAUGCAUCUUCAUCCUCGAUUGGUGGCUUUCUCCAGAAAUGUACCUCCGCCGACCUCCCGCGACAACCAAGAAUGGCGGUUGGACCGAUUGUUGCAUCGCAAAGCUGAGCAGGGCGUCAAGAUCUACGUUAUCGUAUACAAAGAAGUAACUCAGACAAUGACGCUAUCGAGCCGGCAUACCAAGAACGCCCUGAACGAGCUACACGAAAACGUUAUGUGUCUGCGACAUCCGGACCAUAUCGGUUCGGACUCGGCCGUUCAAUUCUGGAGUCACCAUGAGAAGUUGUCGUUGUGGACAAUAAGCGGGCGUGUAUUGGUGGCCUGGAUGCGUGCUUUGGGCGCUGGGACACUCACAACCAGUAAGUUAUUACCUAAAUCGUCAACCUCGGUUUCUUACCGCCUCGGCAGCCCAUUAUCCGACUGUCAUCCCACGGACUUUUCGAGGACCUUAUUCCCUGGCCAAGACUACAAUAAUGCUCGGGUUCUUGAUUUCCAACAAGUUGACCACUACGUCAACACCCAGAUAUCCUCUCUCGAAAUUGGCCGUAUGCCAUGGCACGACGUCCACAUGACAUUGAUCGGGCCCGUUGUACUGGACAUCGUGCAGCAUUUUAUUGAACGAUGGAAUGAGGUAAAGCUUCGGAAGUAUAAGAAGCGGCCGAAUGUCGACUGGCUGGCAUUACCUCACAACGUUGAAGCGGAGCCCGAACAACCUGUAUCUCGGCAUCCUCAUCUCGAGCGUUGGCGCGAGAUUGGAAGGCAGUUCAAACAAUACUGGCAAGGCGAGGAGGGAUUCCCGGAACAUGGCGGUCGCACACCCUCAGGAACCUGUCGAGUACAGGUAGUGCGCAGCGUUGGCGAUUGGAGCCACGGUGUGCUGACCGAGGACAGCGUCCAGCAAGCCUAUAUCCAGCUUAUUCGGGAGGCACAGCAUUUCAUCUACAUUGAGAAUCAAUUCUUUAUUUCAAACACGGGUAAUGUCGGACCAGUGAAGAAUCAAAUCGCAAAGGCGUUGGUGGAACGAAUUAUUGAAGCUGCAAAUAGUGGGAAAAAAUUCAAGGUUAUAGUAAUCAUUCCCGAAGUUCCUGGGUUUGCUGGUAACAUCAAAAAUGAAAAUGGUCUCAAAACUAUCAUGGCAGCACAAUAUCGAACCAUUAAUCGUGGCGGCCAUAGCAUUUAUGAACAAAUCCGUCGUGCAGGGUUUGAACCGCGAGAUUACAUUCGCUUCUACCACCUCCGCACCUAUGACCGUAUCAACUCGCCUGCAUCGUUUAUCAAGGAGAUGGAACAGAACUCGGGAGUCACGUACCACGAGGCUCAAAUCGCGCAGGCCCGUCUGUGGAUCGGCGAUGAUGGCUACUGGCACCAGGAAAAGGUCAAAAUUCAGGGGCCUCAACCUGACUUUGGAAUGGAAUUGUCUGAGACGGCAACAACGGGAAAGGAUGCGCAAAAGGUAGUGGAAGAGGUCGAUUUUCCUCCAUCAUCUCAAGUGGCCACGGCAACUGUCAAGAAGUUUGAGAGCGGAGCUACACGGGAUGAAAAAUGGUACGGAACAGAGCAGGAGGAACGUGACUCGUAUGUUUCCGAAAUUUUAUACGUUCAUUCAAAGGUUAUGAUUAUCGACGAUCGCCGGGUCAUCUCAGAAAGGGAUGGCGAUUCCGAGAUCGCGCUAGUUGUAGAAGACCAAGACGAAAUAGAUUUGUGGCUACGCGAUUUGCUGCCACUUGCGACGCAAACUCUUCCGAGAACAUUUGGGUCUCAUUCCGCCCAAAAUUGCGACCGAGGCAAACCCACAGUCACAUCGUUUAUGCGUCCAGCGCCGAUUCCGAACCAAAGCGAACUCGGGAUCCGGGAAGAUGAUGCUGUCAUGGAUCCAUUGUCAGACCAAUUUCAAGACCUUUGGAUCAGUACCGCACUUAAGAACCGGAAGAUUCACUCAGAGUUGUUCAAGACGGUACCCACCAACGUAGUUCACAGCUGGGCAGAAUACAAGAACUAUUUCCCAAAAGGGGUCAAGACUGGUCACUUGGCGACCGAGCUAGACCUGGAUACUAUCAAGUCAAAGUUAUCACAGAUCCAUGGACAUUUGGUUGAGGCCCCCUUGGAGUUUUUGAUUCAACAACCAGAGCUGGUAGAAGGUGCUGAUUGGCAGGGAUUGAACCCUACGUAA